AUGUACAUUCCACAGACAAGUGGAUACAGACUUCUGAGUGGUUGCAGGCAGAGCACACACCUUCCGCAUUACGAUUUUUCGGACUUAUGGGUCCGAGCGAAUAAAAACGUCCCGAAGGCGGCCGUCUUUACGUACGUCGCACUUUUUUCAUUUGGCAUUAUGACCACUUGGUUGUUUCACCCGUAG